ACCACACAACAAAAAAAUAACCAAUUAGAAGCGCAUUUAAUUACACAUCAAAAUCCAAUUUCGCCACUAUUCUCGUAACAAUAAUAUUAAUAACACCAAAACUCCCAAAAUCACACCUACUCUCCAAUGGCCACCACAGCCGCCACCGGAGCCGCUGACGCCACCCGAACAACCACCCUUCGCCGUCGUAACUCCAUCGAAAUCCCACCCUCUUUAACCCUCCACAACAAACACCGCCACCCAUCUUCAACACCCUCAUCCUACACCACGCUGACGUCAUCAUCAACAUUAUCAUCAUCAUCAGCCGACUACGAGCUGGUGUCUAUGAAGCCGGCUUCUUACACCUCACUCCGUGACAUCUUACCAAAUACAGUCGUCCAGUCACCCAAACUGCCGUCAUUUGCCGUUAAUUCCGGUUAUGAGAUUUCGAUCAGAAACCGGCUUGUGAAACAAGCGGCUUGGGCUUACCUCCAGCCGAUGUCCAGCUCACCUGGAGGCGGCGGCUCCACUGUUUUUCACCGCGUGUGGAACCAGUUUUCUGAUGUUUUUAUUCGUAUUAUGACCAGAAUGUUUGACUGCUUUCUCCGGUUAUGACUUUUGACCAAUAAUAAGGUAAUGAGUUGUGAAACAUGUUUUGUGUUAUUGUCAAAUUUUAGAAACAGAUAAAGCAAUUGAAUUAAUAAAAAGAAUUGUGUUACAAAGUC